UCAUUCAGACGGCAACAGAUAAUCGUGAUCGUAUCGUAAAAUAAUUUGUAUCGAUUUGUAAAUUGGUGUCUUUUGAUCGAAUUGUGAUUUAUUUCAUUACAUUAAUUACUUGCAAAAGUUCAUCGGAUUAAAAAUAAGUGGAAGUUCUUUUGUCUUUCAUUUACGGGACUCUAUAAAUUUAAGAAGAUACCUACUCAAUGAUAAAGAUUUAUCUACGGCAUCUUAAGUAGCAUAAACAUAAUCUCGUGCUUAUUAAUAGAUAAAAAUGAAUUUCGAUAAAGGGCAUAUACGGCACUGCAUGCUUUUUUGUUAUAAUCAAAAAAAGACUGUUGAGGAAGCAAAACGAAUCAUCUCGGCAACUUAUGGAGAAAACGUUGUAUCCACCAAUAUUUGUAAGGCGUGGUUUAAAAGGUUUAAAUGUGGCGAAUUAGAUGUUAAUGAGAAACCGCGUUUAAAAAUAUCGAAAAAUUUUAAGAAGAAUGAAUUCCGAAAAGUUUUUGAUAUAAAUCCACCUGAAAAAUUGGAAAAAUUUGCAAAUGGAUUUAAAGGUGAGAAUGAGUCAAUCGUUUCUCCAUGGUUAAAGCCAAUAGGUUUUGUGGAUUCAACAACGAAUAUUCAAAGAUCGAAAUCUAAUCAUCCUUCAAUUUCUAAAAUGGUUACUACUGCCAUUGAAGAAUUGAAAGAUCGUAAAGGCUCGUCGCUUCAAGCCAUUAAAAAAUAUAUUAUAGCAAACUAUGAAGUUAAUGAUGAAAAAUUAACACCUUUUAUAAAGAAAUAUUUAAAGACUGCAGUUUCUACUGGUACAAUUAUACAAACUACAGGAAAGGGAGACUUAGGAUAUUUUAAACUUUCAAUCAUGAAAAGCAGAGAUCCAAAGACGAAGAUACAUCCCGUCAUCAAGAAAAAGAAGACUGUCAAUAAAUCUACUAAAAAAAGGAUAGUUGUAACUCGUAAGAUAGCAGUAGAUACUAACAAGAAAUCUAAAGUACUGACUAAGAAAGCUGAGUCUACUAAGAAACUUACAGAUCAAAAGAGGCCUAAAGUUCGUAAUUCUACAGCCGGUGCUGUUGCUGCUGCUGGUGUUACUAAAACAAAAAUUACAAAAAAAGCACCACAGCAAAAAAUCAAAAUUAAAAAGAUUAAAAUUAUCAGAGUACCAAUUAUCAGAAUGAAAGCUCCCAAAUCAAAGAGAACAAAGAAAUAAUCAUUUUUAAAAAGAUAUAUAAAUCAAUAACACAUAUGCAUGAUAGCAAUAGCUGUUACUACAUGUACUGUACAAAAUUUUGAAAAUAAGUUAAGUGGAGGAAAAGAAAUAUAGAGCAUACUCAGUUACAAUUAAUACAACAAGACAAUAAUAGCAAUAAGUAAAAACAUAAGAAGUUUGGAUUAUAAAUAAUGUGCUUUUGUGUAAAUAGCCAUUCAUAAUUUGCCAAUGUCGAGGAAGUACAAAAAUGGUAAUUUCAUUGCCUUAAAAGAUAUACCAUUAUUUAGAAAUAUGAUGAAACAAUUAUGUGAGAAGUGACGGAAGGUUAUUGAAAGUGAUAACAGAUACAUAUUUUUUUAUUAAAAUGAAUACAUAUCAUUCUUUUAUACUGUUAAUUAAAUAAAUAUAUAUAUUGAAAAAUUUGAUGGGAACUUUUGGAAGCACCUAAUAUUUCUAGGAUAAUAGAUCAAUAAUAUUGUAAAUGCUAAUCUAUAAAUUGCGAAAGAAUAUUUUAUAUGAUUAUAUUCGCGUUACGACAUAAAUAUUAUUUGUAUUAUUCUAAAGAUAAAAAAUCUAUUUCUACUGCAAACAAAAAAAAAAAAAAAAAAGAAAAAGAAAGAAAAGAAAGAAAAAACGAAAAGUUCAAGUAAAUAUAUUUUAUAUACAGGAAAGCGUCGAGAACUGUGCUCAUGUAAGGUAAUCAAUCGUGUUACAGGAUCAUUUGACGAACAUUAUUUAAAACCGUAAUCCUGAUCUUCUAACCGCAAGUCUAGAGUCUAUACCAAGACAUAGACAUUAGAUUGGCAAAAGUAUAGAUCGAAUUAUUACGUGCGUUGUACGUGGACGGUAGUCGUGAAAAAAAAAAUCUAUAGACAAAAUAACUAUAAUUAUCGCAAUUACGUUUAACAAAUUCAAAGGGGGGAAAAGAAAAGGAAAAAAAAAAAAGAUAAAGAGAACGUAGUCAAACGCAUAUAUGUAGAACAAGGAAUAUCUCGAGUGCAAGACAUUCUGGUUAAAUCUGAUUUUCUCUAUAUAUGGUUGAACAGAAAGUUUUCUACCCGCAAAUGUUCUGUUUGUGGGUAAAGAAGAAGAAGAAGAAGAAAAGAAGAAGGGAUGAUUAUGGGGAAAGGGAAAUAAUGGACGCAACACAUACCACCUGCAUUCCUGACACGACCAAGGUGCCUCUCGGUUGCGUCCAUUUUUAUCUUUCCUGCAUACCGUUUCUCUUCAACCGAAAAAUUCGUUUCAACGCAUACAUACAUAUACAUGUACAUAUUUGAAAACUUACUCAACUAUAUUGAUCGUAGAUACAAAAAAAAAA